AUGGAGGACAACAAGAACGAGAAGGGUGUCGAAGUCUUGACCGCUGGGGACCUCUACCCCGUCGAGACCGCGGCCGAUCAGACCGUUGGCCAUGUCGGUAACGCAGACGAGCUCCAGCGGCAUCUGGGGAAUCGUCAGCUGCAAUUGAUUGCCAUCGGUGGCUCCAUCGGAACAGCAACCUUCGUUUCCAUCUCCAGCGGUCUGCUCAAGGGCGGCCCAGGCUCUCUCUUCCUCGCAUAUACCAUCUACACCUGCAUGCUCGGUCUGGUCAAUAACUGCCAAGCUGAAAUGAGUUCGCAUAUGCCUGUGACCGGUGGUUUCAUUCGCAUGGCUGGUAAAUGGGUCGACGAGGCUUUGGGCUUCAUGAUCGGUUGGAACUUCUUCAUCUACAUGGUUAUUCUUGUCCCCUUCGAGAUCACCGCUUUGAAUCUGGUUCUGUCCUAUUGGCGCGAUGACAUACCUGUAGAAGCCGUCGUAGCAGGAUGUAUUGUGCUCUAUUUCUGUAUCAACGCCUUCGUCGUCAAGUGGUACGGAGAGUGCGAAUUUUGGCUUGCCCUCGGAAAAGUCAUCCUGCUCCUCGUGCUCUUCUCUUUCACCUUCAUUACCAUGGUCGGCGGCAACCCGAAGCAUGACGCGUAUGGUUUCCGCUACUGGAAGAACCCCGGAUCCUUUGCUGAACACAUCACCACUGGGCCAUUAGGGCGAUUCGAAGGUUUCCUUGGUGCCCUUUGGAGCGCUGCCUUUACCGUCGUCGGACCCGAGUACGUGUCCAUGGUCGCUGGUGAGGUCAAGGCCCCUCGCAAGUACCUCAAGCAGGCUUUCAAGGCGACAUAUGCGCGUUUUGGCAUGUUCUUCAUCGGUAGCGCGCUGUGCGUCGGCAUCGUCAUUCCGUAUAACAACACGACUCUUGUUGAGAUCUUUAACGGCAAGGCAGGAGGCGCCGGUACCGCGGCUGCAUCGCCCUACGUCAUCGCCAUGAACAACCUCGGCAUUGAAGGCCUCCCGCACCUUACCAACGCCCUCCUUGUCACCUCCAUUUUCUCCGCCGGAAAUGCCUACACCUAUUACGGCACGCGCUCUCUCUAUGGCCUCGCCAUUGAAGGCCAAGCGCCCCGCUUCCUCCGCAAGUGCACAAAAGCCGGUGUUCCCAUCUACUGCCUUUGCAUUGUCAUCCUCUUCCCGUUCCUUGCAUUUUUGAAUGCUUCUUCUGGCUCCGCAAAGGUCCUCACAUGGCUCACCAAUAUCAUCACCGGCUGCCAGAUUAUCGACUACAUCGUCAUCUGCAUCAACUUUAUUUUCUUCUACCGUGCUUGCAAGGCCCAGGGUCUGGACCGCCGAACUCUUCCCUACUUUGGUCGGUUCCAACCAUGGUCCGCGUAUAUCCCGCUUGCGUUCCUCAUCUGCGUCGUUACCUGCUACGGAUACACCACCUUCUUGCCUGGCAACUUCACGGUUGAUGAUUUUUUCACCUAUUAUAUGAUGCUGAUAAUCGACCCGAUACUCUUCAUUGGCUGGAAGCUCUGGAGAAAGACCAAAUUCAUCAAGGCGAGCGAGGCGGAUCUUGUUUGGGAUAAGCCGCUUAUAGAUGCGUAUGAGGAUGCGCUAGAGGAGGAGCAUGUAGGAUUCUGGAAGGAUGUCGGAAAUAUGUUUGGCAGCUGCUUCCAAAGGAGGAAGAAGGUGGACGAGGAAAAGUGA